GGCUAACCCUGCUGAGAGUCUUCAUCCCGCUACAACCCCGACAAUGUUAGGGCGGAGUACUGUGUGUCUAGCCGCCAUAUCUGGUCAUGGUAACCAGUCGUCAAGAUUCCCCACGGCGGCCAUGUCAGCUCUGAGCGGUGGUGGCAGCAACCCCACCCUACCACUGUUUUAGCAUCUCGGAGUCUCUUCGCAAAGUGGGAUAUUUUUUUUUUUCCAGUGAUGGCUGCAGAAAGGGACGUUCCCCUCACCCCUGCACCAGCGACAAACUCGGCAAGGUCUUCUUCAUGGCAGACAUCUGAUUGGCCAACUCUGAUCUCAAGAUGCUUGUCACACAAGGCUGCAAGCUCCGCGAACGCAACGUUCAACAAACAUUCCCAUCACCCUCCAAGACCCAGUGCCAAGAUGACGGAAAAGCCAUUGGAGAUCGGGUUUUGUGCUUCCUGCAUACACUACUGAUUGAUCAAUGAUUGCUCGAUAACAGGCGGCAGAACCAUGGGACCGACAGCUUCCCAACCCGUUUGGGCCAAGCUGAUGAACGGCGAACGCCUCCCACGUAUGCACACAAGCAACCAGCACCAUCAAUCAGUUGCCAACCUGCGGCUUGUCAGAAUAUUAUAUACCUCGUCAGCCAACGUCAAGUAACAGCUGAGUGGACCAGAGCCGGCGGAAAGCGCACGAGAGAAGAAGAGUCACCCUCCUCCUCCUCCUCCUCACCCACGCGGAUCACUCGGCCUCGACUUGAUCAAAUUGUUGAGCCGUCACCCUCUCAGUCUGAUGUGUGAAUCACCGCCUUAAACCUCUCUUGGCAAAGCACAGUUGAGAAGACUUGUUGGCCGGUCACAGGGAGAGAGCCGUAAGGACCGAGGUGAGGCUGUUUCGCUCCAUUCAGCAUUUCUGGGCUGUUCCUGGCAAGACAGAAAUCCCCUCAUAUCCAAAAUCGUCGCUUCCCCCUGGCACAACCAGUUGGCCUGCAGUUGCCACAACAUAGCUCAACAAUCAUCCCAUUCUGAUUUUAAAUUCCCCUCUUUUCCACGUCCUUCUCCUUUGUGUCGACGUUAUCACUCCCAUCCUCGCUCCCUACAACGUCACCUCAGGCUGUACAGUUCUGCGUACGCCGAAGAAUCCUUAUCUCCAUCUCGACCUUUGUCUUGCCUUGCCUCUUUGGGAAAGCGUGACAGCGGUAAAACACAGCUUGUGUCGUCGUCAAAUCAAGCUAAGGUUUAACCGGAGCUUCAGAGCUUCUAGCCCACCCAAGCAUCUCUAGCACCCUUGACCCCUACCUGGCCGCGGGGCUGCCCACACACCUACCCCACCAUCACAUCUACCCCGCUGUCGGCGUCAUACCCGGCCUUGCAGCGGCGCGGGCAUCCCUCCCUGCUGGCUCUGAAUCCUCUUUUCUCCUACUUCUUCCUCCCCCCCCCCCCCUUUUCCCCCUUUCCUUCUGCAAUUGACCGUCGUCCUUGCACGCCAAUCGAUUCACCAUGGCCGCCGACAACGACAAGAAGUAUGAGGAUGUCUUCGAGGAGGGGGAUGUCCCUAAGGAGGCCCAGACGGUGCAUCGCAUCCGUGCCAACUCUACUAUUAUGCAGUUGAACAAGAUCUUGGUUGCCAACAGAGGUGAAAUUCCUAUUCGUAUCUUUAGAACGGCCCACGAACUUUCACUUCACACUAUUGCCAUCUUCAGUUAUGAGGAUCGCCUUUCUAUGCACAGACAGAAGGCCGAUGAGGCUUAUGUCAUUGGCAAGCGUGGACAGUACACACCUGUUGGCGCCUACCUUGCCAGCGAUGAAAUCGUCAAGAUCGCCGUUGAGCACGGUGCUCAGAUGAUUCACCCUGGUUAUGGUUUCUUGUCUGAAAAUGCCGAGUUCGCUCGCAAGGUUGAGGCUGCCGGUCUUAUCUUCAUCGGUCCCUCUCCCGACGUCAUCGAUGCCCUUGGCGACAAGGUCUCGGCCAGAAAGAUUGCCAUUGCUGCGAACGUACCAGUCGUCCCAGGCACCGAGGGCGCCGUCGAGAAGUUUGAGGAAGUCAAGGCUUUCACGGACAAGUAUGGCUUCCCCAUCAUCAUCAAGGCUGCUUAUGGCGGUGGUGGUCGUGGUAUGCGUGUUGUGCGUGAGGAGGCUUCCCUCAAGGAGUCCUUCGAGAGAGCCACCUCCGAGGCCAAGAGCGCCUUCGGGAACGGCACCGUCUUCGUUGAGCGUUUCCUCGACAAGCCCAAGCACAUUGAGGUUCAGCUCCUCGGUGACAACCAUGGCAACAUUGUCCACUUGUACGAGCGUGACUGCUCCGUGCAGCGCAGACACCAAAAGGUCGUCGAAAUCGCUCCGGCCAAGGAUCUUCCCGCCAGCGUUCGCGAUGCUAUCCUGAACGAUGCUGUCAGACUCGCCAAGUCUGUCAACUACCGCAACGCUGGUACCGCCGAGUUCCUGGUUGACCAGCAGAACCGCUACUACUUUAUCGAGAUCAACCCCCGUAUCCAGGUCGAACAUACCAUCACUGAGGAAAUCACGGGCAUCGAUAUCGUUGCCGCUCAGAUCCAGAUCGCCGCUGGCGCUACCCUGGAGCAGCUCGGCCUUACCCAGGACCGCAUCUCUACUCGCGGCUUCGCCAUCCAGUGUCGUAUCACGACCGAGGAUCCGGCCAAGAACUUCCAGCCCGACACGGGCAAGAUCGAGGUGUACCGCUCCGCUGGCGGUAACGGUGUGCGUCUCGAUGGUGGCAACGGCUUUGCUGGCGCCGUCAUCACCCCCUACUACGACAGCAUGCUUGUCAAGGUGUCAUGCCACGGCUCAACGUACGAAAUUGCCCGCCGCAAGGUUCUUCGCGCUCUUAUCGAGUUCCGCAUUCGCGGCGUCAAGACCAACAUCCCCUUCCUGGCCUCUCUCCUGACCCACCCAACAUUUAUUGAUGGCAACUGCUGGACGACCUUUAUUGAUGAUACCCCGUCCCUGUUUGACCUCGUUGGCAGUCAGAACCGCGCCCAGAAGCUUCUGGCCUAUCUUGGUGACCUCGCCGUCAACGGUAGCAGCAUCAAGGGUCAAAUCGGUGAGCCCAAGUUCAAGGGCGACAUCAUCAUCCCCGAGCUCUUGGACGAUGCUGGCAAGAAGCUCGAUGUGUCUUCGCCUUCGCAAAAGGGCUGGCGCAACAUCAUCGUCGAACAAGGCCCCAAGGCUUUCGCCAAGGCUGUUCGCAACUACAAGGGCUGCUUGCUCAUGGAUACCACCUGGCGUGAUGCCCAUCAGUCUCUCCUGGCGACCCGUGUCCGCACAGUCGACCUCCUCAACAUUGCCAAGGAGACCAGCCAUGCGCUCUCCAACUUGUACGCUCUGGAAUGCUGGGGUGGCGCCACCUUCGAUGUCGCCUUCCGCUUCUUGUACGAGGACCCUUGGGACCGCCUCCGCAAGAUGCGCAAGUUGAUCCCCAACAUCCCCUUCCAGAUGUUGCUCCGUGGCGCCAACGGCGUUGCUUAUGCCUCGCUCCCUGACAAUGCCAUCGACCACUUCGUCAAGCAGGCCAAGGACAACGGUGUCGACAUCUUCCGUGUCUUCGAUGCUCUCAACGACAUCAACCAGCUCGAGGUUGGUAUCAAGGCCGUGCAAAAGGCUGGUGGUGUCUGCGAGGGUACCGUCUGCUACAGCGGUGACAUGCUCAACCCCAAGAAGAAGUACUCCCUGGAUUACUACAUUGACCUUGUUGACAAGCUUGUUGCUCUCGACAUUGAUGUUCUUGGCAUCAAGGACAUGGCCGGUGUUCUCAAGCCCCAUGCUGCCACCAUCCUCAUCGGUACUAUCCGCAAGAAGUACCCUGACCUCCCCAUCCACGUCCACACCCACGACUCCGCGGGUACUGGUGUGGCUUCCAUGGUUGCCUGCGCCAUGGCCGGCGCCGAUGCUGUUGACGCUGCCACUGACAGCUUGUCUGGUAUGACCUCGCAGCCCAGCAUCAACGCCAUCAUUGCGUCGCUUGAUGGUACCGAUAAGCAGCCCGGUCUCAACCCUGCUCACGUUCGUGCGCUUGAUACCUACUGGUCUCAGCUUCGCCUCCUCUACUCGCCCUUCGAGGCUCAUCUUGCGGGUCCCGAUCCUGAGGUGUACGAGCACGAGAUUCCUGGCGGUCAGCUCACCAACAUGAUGUUCCAGGCCUCUCAGCUUGGUCUUGGCUCCCAGUGGUUGGAGACCAAGAAGGCUUACGAGCAAGCCAACGAGCUCCUCGGCGACAUCGUCAAGGUCACUCCUACCUCCAAGGUUGUUGGUGACUUGGCCCAGUUCAUGGUGUCCAACAAGCUCAGCCCCAAGGAUGUCAUUGAGCGUGCUGGCGAGCUCGACUUCCCUGGCUCCGUUCUCGAGUUCCUCGAGGGUAUGAUGGGCCAGCCGUACGGUGGUUUCCCCGAGCCAUUCCGCACCAAGGCUCUCCGUGGUCGCCGCAAGCUCGACAAGCGCCCUGGUCUCUUCCUCGAGCCCAUCGACUUUGCCAAGGUCAGGAAGGAGCUGUCGCGCAAGUACGGCAGCGUUACCGAGUGCGACGUGGCCAGUCACAUCAUGUACCCCAAGGUGUUCGCCGACUACAAGGCCUUCAUCGCUAAGUACGGAGACCUCAGCGUCUUGCCCACCAAGUACUUCCUCAGCAAGCCUGAGAUUGGCGAGGAGUUCCACGUUGAGCUCGAGAAGGGUAAGGUGUUGAUCCUCAAGUUGCUGGCCGUCGGCCCGCUCUCCGAGAACACUGGCCAGCGCGAGGUGUUCUACGAAAUGAACGGCGAGGUUCGCCAAGUCACUGUCGACGACAAGCAGGCGUCGGUGGAGAACGUGAGCCGACCCAAGGCCGACCCUGGCGAUUCGAGCCAGGUCGGUGCCCCCAUGGCCGGUGUGCUCGUUGAGCUCCGCGUCCACGAGGGCUCUGAGGUCAAGAAGGGCGAUCCCCUUGCUGUCCUGAGCGCCAUGAAGAUGGAAAUGGUUAUCUCCGCUCCCCACAAUGGUGUAGUCUCCUCUCUGCAAGUGAGAGAAGGCGACUCAGUCGACGGCUCCGACCUGGUGUGCCGCAUCACCAAGGGCGACAAGAAAUGAGCGACGUGAUUCGUUUAGCAGCACACUAGAAACCGAGUUAAUCCCUCUGCUUCGUUGCUCACACCUCAAGACACGCCCGCUCGCUCAAACGAGCCGAGCAAUUCGUGUGAGGGGGAGCUAUGGUGAAGCUAAGGGAGCCGUGGAUAUCUGGGAUUAUCCUUUUUUUUCUUUUUCUCGUAACGGAGGGGUUCCCAUGAUUCUGGAGCAGCAGGCGUGGAAAGGUAUCGGGAUAGGUCCCUUGUUCUUCUCUGUCAAGCACAACUGGUUAUAUCCGAGCACGCACACACAUACAAGUAGGAAUUAAAUAACAGUUCAAUAAUGGCUUGAGUCUAUGUGAAUGUGUGAUAUUCUUGUCCUAUCGUCUUCAAGGUGGUCCACAAGUGAAGAUAAUAUCAGAUGCCCAAC